AUGCCUAACCAAGUCGCUGGUUCCAAGGUUCUGCUGCUGGGCUCGGGUUUCGUCACCAAGCCCACCGUCGAGGUUCUGAGCAAGGCCGACGUCCAUGUCACUGUCGCUUGCCGAACCCUUGAGAGUGCCCAGAAGCUCUCCGAGGGAUUCAAGAACACCAAGGCCAUUUCCCUUGACGUCAACGACCCUGCUGCCCUGGACAAGGCUCUUGAGCAGGUCGACCUGGUCAUCUCGUUGAUCCCCUACACUUUCCAUGCCCUCGUGAUCAAGUCCGCCAUCCGCACCAAGAAGCAUGUCGUCACGACGUCGUACGUCUCUCCCGCCAUGAUGGAGCUGGACGAGGAGUGCAAGAAGGCCGGUAUCACCGUCAUGAACGAGAUCGGUCUCGACCCUGGUAUUGAUCACUUGUACGCCGUCAAGACCAUCUCCGAGGUCCACGCCGAGGGUGGUCAGAUCACCUCUUUCCUCUCCUAUUGCGGUGGCCUCCCCGCCCCCGAGUGCUCCGACAACCCGCUCGGCUACAAGUUCUCGUGGUCCAGCCGUGGUGUGCUCCUUGCGCUCCGCAACGCCGCCAAGUUCUACCGCAACGGCGAGGAAUUCAGCGUGGCCGGCCCCGACCUCAUGGCUACCGCCAAGCCCUACUACAUCUACCCCGGAUUCGCCUUCGUUGCGUACCCCAACCGGGACUCGACGCCCUUCCGUGAGCGCUACAACAUCCCUGAGGCCCAGGACCUCGUCCGUGGUACCCUCCGCUACCAGGGAUUCCCCGAGAUGAUCAAGGCCCUCGUCGACAUCGGCUUCCUGUCCGACGAGCCCCGCGAGACGCUCAACUCCGCCAUUCCUUGGAAGGAGGCUACCCAGCAGAUUCUGGGCGCUCCCUCGUCCAGCGAGAAGGACCUGGAAGCGGCCAUCUCGUCCAAGACCGCCUUCGCUACCAGUGAGGACCGCAACCGCAUCAUCUCCGGUCUGCGCUGGAUCGGUAUCUUCUCCGACGAGAAGGUCACCCCCCGCGGCAACCCCCUCGACACCCUCUGCGCCACGCUCGAGAAGAAGAUGCAGUACGCCCCCGAGGAGCGCGACAUGGUCAUGCUCCAGCACAAGUUCGGCAUCAAGCACAAGGACGGCACCCAGGAGACUCGUACCAGCACCAUGUGCGAGUACGGCGUUCCCGGCGGCUACUCCGCCAUGGCCAAGACCGUUGGUGUCCCCUGCGGUGUUGCCGUGAAGUUGGUUCUUGACGGCACCAUCAGCGAGAAGGGUGUCCUUGCUCCCAUGACCUGGGACAUCUGCGCUCCUAUCCUGAAGACCCUCAAGGAGGACUACAACAUCGAGAUGAUCGAGAAGACUCUGUAA